AUGUCCAAGUGUUAUGAAUUAGAUUAUUGGCUCUUGGUUGCAACGGUUGAGAUUAGUCUUUUGGGAGAUAUAUAUAUUAUGGGUGAGAUUGACACAAAACCUAUUGAACCAGUCCAAGUUGCGCUUACUUUGUUCGGAGAGAAAGGUGAUCCCGGGAAAAACCUGUCUAGUGGCGGCAGUGGUGAUGAGGUGGAGAAAGAGAAGGAUGUUGAAACGCUGCUAAAACAUUUGGCCAAUUACAAGGUGCAAAUGGAAGCAAAGGAUUUCGCCUUCGCGCAGGUACUACAUACGCUAGAGCACUAUCAGAAAACAACUGAGGAGCUCUCGGCACUGUUGAAGAAUUCUGAGGUUGAGAGAGACGGAUACAGAGAAGAUUGUAGAGAAGCAAGGACUCGGAUAAAUGAACUUGAGGCCAAGGUCAAGGAGAUGGCUGAUAAACUGUUAGAAACUGGAAAAAUACGGGAAAAGCUUUCUCAUGUUUUGAGUGAAUUAAGGGCCACACAGGAAGAGAUAAUUAGCAUGGAAACACAACUUGCUACUGCAAGAGAAGUGAAUCUCAAGGCAAUGAAAGAAGCGGAACUGAUGGAAACUGCAGCAAACAUGGAAAAGGAAAGAGCUGAAAAACUGGCAAAUCAUGUUGCUGAGCUUAAUGAAGUUAUUCUUGUGUCAAAGCUUGCUGCCAUUGAAGCUGAAAAAGAGAAGUGCAUGGUUUUAUCUGAGAAAGAUGCACGGUUAGAGUCAGCAAUGGAAAAGGCUGAGCAAGCACAAGAGCAGGAGGAAAACAUGAAAAAACGAUUGGAAAUGAUGCAAGAAUUGGAAAAUCAGCUACUAGCCAAAUCUGAAGUUGUUGAUUCGCUACAGGGAGAACUCAAUCAAGCAUUUGAACUACUUAGUUCAUCUAAUAAAGCUGUUUCUGAUGCUGUGCAUGAUUUGAAUCAGCUAGAAGCGGAUUUGAAAGUCAAGGAAGGAGAGAAUUCUGAUCAAGCAUUUUAUAUUGGGGCAUUGGAAACUGAAUUGAAUCAGUUAAAAAUAGAACUAAAGAAUGCAAACGAAGAGGCAAGCCAUUUGAAUUGUAACGUGGAAAUCCUCACGGAUGAGUUGCAGAAAGUAAAGAUUAAAAUGGAUGGAAUUAAAGAAAGAGAGAAAGACGCACAGGUUGAGAUUUCGUUGCUGAAAUCUGAGAUUGAAAGAGGAAGGUCUGAAUUUGCAGCAGCGGAAGCAAGGCCUGGGAGUGUAAAAUCAGGAUUUUGUCUUGCCGUUCAGCAGCUAGCAGUCGAAGCUGAAGAAGCCAAAAAGGAAAAUCAAAGGUUAAAAGGAGGAGUGGAUAAGGUAACAGAGGAAUCAGAAGACUUUGGGCUCAUGGACACUGAUCAACAUGAAAAGUACUCUUGUCAAGCCGUAGAAACUUUUAAGAAUAACGAGUCUAAUGCAGAAUCCGUGAGGAGAAGAAAUGAGAAUGAAGGCAAUAUAACCAUUUCACUUGAAGAAUAUGAGUCCUUGAUCAGUAAAGCUGAGAAGGCCAAUGAAUUUCCAGGAAGAGAAUCUUCUAAUAUGUCCAUCACAUCUGAAAAUAAGUGCGAAUUAGAAGUUCUGAAGAAAGAGUUAGAGAGUGCAAUUGUGAAAAUAGGGGAGUUGAGGACAAGGGCAGAACAGGCUGUCACUAGGGCCGAAGCCGCUGAAAAAGCUAAAACAACACUCGAAGAUCAACUAAAAAGGCGUCGAGAACAAAAGCAGAGAAUAAAGGCAGCUAUAGUGGGGCUUCGCGAGGAAUCUACAUCAAGAGGGUUCAGUUCUUCGACAUAUGCAAUCGCACCAAGAGAAUAUCAGACACUGGGUAAGGUUCUCAACAUGAAAUUCUAG